GGUACAUGUAUUUUAAUUUUUUCCUAGUUUCGUCGAUAUGACGCCGGUGCCAACUCUUAUAAUGUAAUAAUUACUUGCGAUGUGGUUGCUAUGGUAACGAUUGAUAUGCAAACAAAACAAUAAUGGAUGUAGUUGAUUAUUAGUUUUCAGUAUUUCUUUUAAAGCUAGAAGAUUAUAAGCGUAAUAAUAUUUAAGAUUUUGUGGGUGUUGAGUUGCGCUACAAUAUCUGAUGGCAGAAUUGCAUAUACUGGGACAAUUGCAAUGUGCAUCAAAUUUUGAAGAGUCGACUUCAUUAUUUUGUCGCUAUACAUUUCAAACUGGUAGGGUCCAAUACAAAUUUCAGGCCCAAAUUGGACAAUUCUAUCUGGAUGUCCAGAAGGACAGACUACAUCAGCUAAUCCAAAUUACAAUAAGUCAAAUAUUUGGGCUCAUCCACUUGACAUUCAUUAUAUUACAAAAGGAAUUCAGGGGUGGCCUAAAUUAGUAGUGCAAGUGAGUUGCUUGGACUUGCUUGGACGCUCGUGGAUAGUGGGAUACAGCUGCUGUAGCCUACCAGUUACUCCUGGACAUCAUAUAUUGGAAGUACCUUGUUGGGAGCC